AUGAAAAUCAUCGUGUUCUUUUUUGUUGUUGCUGCUUUCCUAUUAAACGAAAUUUAUUCAAAAAAUAUCUCUAAAACCCCCAAAACCCUAAAACACACUCCCAACUGAAAAAUGUCUCCCAACUCCGCCAGCAACGGAGCUCUGGUCCCGUUCUCCGGCGAGACCAAUGACUCGCUCGCGGUGUAUACUCUCCACCAUGGUCUCUCCCGUCCAAUUUCUCGUGUUGCCAUUUCCUGGUCCCGCGGAAACUCCCUCCGUGUCUCCCUUUUCGCGGAACCUUCUGGAAGCCCCGAUGCUGGAGAUGGCGCCAAGGUCGUCGAAGUUAAGCUCGGCGGGGGAGAUCCGGAAAUUGAUGAUGCUGACUGGCGCCGAAUUGCCUACGGCUCUGUUGCCCCCUUUGCACUGCUUCAGAGUCGCCGGAGCUCAAUUUCCGCAUUGUCAAAGUCUCCUUCAUCAUAUCAUUCCGAUUGGUGGGAGCAUGUCCUUCAGUAUAGUAAGGACAUAACAUCACUUCUCGCCGAACCAAAGUUGGCCCUUAAUCCUAUAAUUGAAGAUCCGAAUGAAAUUGUUCAGAAUAAUGAGGAGCCAACAUGUUUGAAAGCUGCCUGGGAGUUGAUGGAGAUAUUUUAUGUGGACAAGCAAUCUCAAGCAUGGCUUCCUGAAAGGCUUGUUGAUUGGUUAGCUGACUAUGAUAGCCUCUUUACCAGUACACAGGAAACAAUUCAUGGCAAGCUUGUGGAUUUUCAAAAUGAUCUUGUCAACAUACAGGUGAUUGAAGAUGAUCCUAGAUAUUGGGAAGUGAUGUCAUCUGCAUUGUCAGUUGGUUGGCUAGAUAUAGUGGUGAAAAUGCUGCGGUUACACGGGUCUUACCAAUUAGAUCAGCUCAGCUACCGUGAGUUAGAAAAUGGACUGGUGGAGGCAGUCGCUGUUCUUAUUUCCAAAAUGCCCCGAUUACGUCAUGAAUCAGCUGUUGGAAAUUUAGGAGAUUGUUUUAAAUCCAAACCCGACUUUAUCAAAGCCUGGGAAAAAUGGAGGUCACAAAUUACUAAACUGGACUGCAGUCCAUUCUGGAUUCAGUGUGAUAAUCAACAAACUCGUGAGGGCUUAAGAAACUUGCUACAAGUUAUGCUGGGUAAUACUGAGAGUCUCUGUACAGCUUCAUGUUACUGGAUUGAGUUGUAUAUUUCUCAUUUUCUAUACAUCAGGCCAUUUACGACCGGAAUAGAAAGCAUGUAUAAUUUGGCUCAGAAAUGCAUCCAAUUAAAACCACCGACUGGUACCCAUAGGUUGACUGGACUUAUGAUUGGAAUUCUUGCAGAAAAUACAGAGGUUGUUUUAGCAGAAAUUUCCAGAGAAUUUGGUCCUUGGAUGGUCGCACACGCCGUGGAAUUGUUAACUGCAGGGAGUGAGCAAGCAGAGAUUCUUCUACACGAUGAGCGUUAUAACUUGGGAGGAAUCAGUAUGAUGGAACUACAUCGGCUUGCAUAUGCUCAAGUUCUAUCAUCACAUGCAUUGACCUGGCAAAUAGCUCCUAUAUAUUUAACAUCAUGCAUGAAGCAAGGAAUGGGCUUGCUAGAGAAUUUAUUGUACAGACAAUCUGUUCAACAUAACAACUUGUUGCUUAAGAACAUUGAGAUAUGCCGUUUGUACGGGCUUGAUUAUAUCAGUUCAAAUAUCAUGAAGGUUGCUGGAGUCUAUCACUGGAAGCAUGGUCGUAAAGGGGCUGGAGUAUAUUGGCUUCAACAAUCCCAAGAUACAAACUGUCUUAAUAGGAUUGCACAACAGUUAUUUGAUUCAGUUGGAAAGUCGAUCUCUGAUGAAAGCUUCAAACAAUGGGAAGGCAUAAUUGAAUUAUUGGGUUCUGAAUCUAAGCCUGCUGGGGGUCUUGAAUUUUUACACAAGUAUAGGGAUUUCAAAAAAUCCCUUCAGAUGGUAUAUAGUGGAAAAUCAGCUGAUGCUGCUCGACAAGCUGUAGGCUCCCUCAUACUGAACAAGUACAGCCAAAGACACUAUCAGUGCCAACAAUCUGUUUUCUUUCGGCUGUUCAAUUUUGGAGUGUACGUGGACAACUAAAUCGGUGUAUAAUGGCUUGAAGAGUCAUGAACGAAUUAAAACAAUCAGAAAGAUAUUCUUUAGCGCUGUCAUUGCAAUACAUAUGCUAUUUUUUCAAAUUGAGUUGUGAUUUCUGAGGAGAACUUUUAAAAGAUAUUGGAUAACUUAAAAUGAUUUUGGAUUGAAAAUAUCUAAACUACAUUGAUAGAAUCCUAGAAAUUGUCAGUAAGGGUAGCAUGAUGCUUAUAAGUUAUACCCUAAAUUAGAAAGAACAUGAUUGUGACCCCAAACAUUAGAAUGAAUGGCUUCAAAAAGAGUCAGCUUGGUUAUUAAUACGACUAGAAAAAGAGACUCUAGCAUCUUUCCAAAGCUGACCUGACUAACAUUCUGAAGACUCCAACUUUGAUAGCUGUAUCAUUUUCUUCAAUGUAUGUAAGCUCGGAUGAUCUAGAUUGUGAUGUUGUAGAGCAGGAAUUGGAAGCAUUAUAGAAUGUCUUUAUAAUGCACCAAGGGAUGAGAUUUACAAGACCGUGUGGAAGUAAAUCGCUGAAUAUAUUAGAGGCUGUAUGAUUCUGAUAUGGCUCCAAGGUUUCAGAAGAAGUGAAGGUUAGGGCACACUUUAAUGGGUGAGACAGACAGUUUGCUUACUGAAUUUAGAUAUAGGGGCAACAGUUACCAAUUGAACUGAAUUUAGUAGUAGUAGGAAAGUGGUGAAGCUUGGCCAAUGCCAGUGGCUUGCAGCUUGGAUUCAUAUCAGAGUGAAACAAGGGGAAUUUUGGACUGCGAUAACAGUAUCUCUACAAGAGUAGAAUGAGAAAUUGAGAAAGGCAAACCAGACAGUUAUUGGUAUGAGUCAACAAUGACUGAAGAAAGGACAAUCAAUGGUGUCUGUCUGAGACUGAGACAAUUGGCGAUAUCACCUCUUUAACAAUCAAUGAUGAAAAAAAAACGUGUCAACAACCUUGACCAUGGCUGAUCGAAAACUAGGGCUCCUCAACCUGAAGGCUCUCUUAGUCUAAUUUGAAUACGGCAAGUGAAUAAUUUGUGUUUUGUUUCAUGAAUUGUUUGUACAAUAUUUAUAUUCAAGGUUAACAUAAUCAUUUGCUAAAAUUUAGAGAUUAAGUCAAGCUAACUAAGGAAACUGUACAUAAUACAUCAAAUCAAUUUCUUGUCAAAUCUGAAUAGAAACUCAACAGAGGCAAAGAUGCCGUGUUAGCUGCCACAGUAGCCUUGAUUUUUGGCGUGGCAAUUGGGAUCCAAAAAGAUUGACAAGCAUUUUUGUUUUUUUGGUGUUACUAGGUCUUCAAUUAUUCUUAUCCAGUUGAUAGUCAGCGUUCUGU